AGUAGCACAGGAGAGCUUGUGAACGGGAAUGAGCAGGACAAACACUGACAGGCUGAGACAGAGAGAGUGAGAAAGGGAGAGCUUGCAGCACCUCAAAAACAGCAGCGGCAGCCUCAUUAGCAUCAAGAGAAGAGUCGGUCACAUGCAGCCACACCGGGACUCACGUAGAUAAGCCGCUUUUGCCCAUCGCUUGUGGAGGAGCACGGGGAGCCUACAGCAGAGGAGGACAUUGAGGGUUGAGCCAAAGCUUUGAAGGAGAGGAUGAGGAGCAUCGCUGCCGCCUGACUCAUACCGGGAGUCAGCCUCAGCACCUGCAGCGGCAGUCAGAGCACUCCGGCUAUCAAGGAGACUGGGGCAGACGGGGAGAGAGCUGCUGAGAUUAUGCGCGGGGCAGAGAGCUCCUGUGGAUUCCCCAUCUUUGGCAAAAGCAGCAGCAGCAGCAGGGGGAGCAGGAGCUGUGGCUCUACAGUCAGCAACAGAGCUAGCUGGAGCUGCAGCAAAAUAAGGAGCUCUGACUCUAAAGCUUUUUAUUUACCCAGAAAUGACGGUAGCAUUUACAGCCAAGGUGUAACAGGAACCAGCUGCCGAUGUAGCCACAGUGUUGAAUGUACCUGUAGUCAGAGCAGUCGUACCUGCAGCGCUGGUGCAAAGGUGACCACAGCAGUGCAGUUAGGUGUAGUUGUAGUAGUAGCAGGGGGGGGCAGUGGCUCAGGACACUGAAUGACCAGUGUGGCUGAUGAAGGCCACCUGGAUACGCUUGCUGAAACGAGCCAAAGGAGGUCGCGUCAAGAGCUCCGAUGCCUGUGGUUCGGCCGACUCCUACACCAGCCGUCCAUCAGACUCCGAUGUGUCCCUGGAGGAGGAUAAGGAGGCAGUGCGCAGAGAGGCAGAGCGACAGGCUCAGGCACAGCUUGACAAGGCCAAGACCAAACCAGUUGCAUUUGCUGUCCGCACAAAUGUCAACUACAGCCCGUGUCAUGAUGAUGAUGUCCCCGUGCCAGGCAUGGCCGUCUCCUUUGAGGCUAAAGACUUCCUCCAUGUCAAAGAGAAAUUCAACAAUGACUGGUGGAUAGGACGCCUUGUCAAAGAAGGCUGUGAAAUCGGUUUCAUCCCCAGUCCAGUGAAGCUUGAAAACACUCGUAUCCUCCAGGAGCAGAGAGCCAAACAGGGCAAGUUCCACUCCAGUAAAUUGGGAGCCAACUCAUCAUCUAGUUUAGGUGAAGUGGUUCCUAACUCACGGAAAUCUACUCCUCCUUCGUCUGCCAUUGACAUAGACGCCACAGGCUUAGACCCCGAGGACAAUGAGCUUCCGGUCAACCUGCGCUCCCCUAAAGCCAGUCCAAACACUGUCAUGUCACCCCUAGCAAAAGAGAAACGAAUGCCCUUCUUUAAGAAGACGGAACACAUUCCUCCGUACGACGUUGUGCCUUCCAUGCGGCCCGUGGUUCUGGUUGGACCGUCACUGAAGGGCUACGAGGUGACAGACAUGAUGCAAAAAGCACUGUUUGACUUUUUGAAACACAGAUUCGAGGGAAGAAUAUCAAUCACUCGCGUCACGGCAGACAUCUCUCUUGCCAAACGCUCAGUCCUGAACAAUCCCAGCAAGCACGCCAUCAUCGAACGCUCCAACACACGCUCAAACUUGGCUGAAGUCCAGAGUGAGAUCGAGCGGAUUUUCGAACUGGCCCGGACGUUACAGCUGGUGGUUCUGGACGCCGACACCAUCAACCACCCGUCACAGCUGGGGAAGACUUCCCUCGCCCCCAUCAUCGUCUACGUCAAGAUCACCUCCCCCAAGGUGCUGCAGCGGCUCAUCAAGUCCAGAGGAAAGUCUCAGGCCAAACACCUCAAUGUCCAGAUGGUGGCUGCCGACAAGCUGGCUCAGUGCCCACCUGAGAUGUUUGACAUCAUCCUCGAUGAGAACCAGCUGGAGGACGCAUGCGAGCAUAUGGCUGAUUACCUGGAGGCCUACUGGAAAAGCACCCACCCCACCAGCUGCACGCCCCCCAACCCACUGCUCACGAAGCUGCCCACAGCCGCCCUGCCCUCCAGCCCGGCCCCGGUCUCCGGUGUGCAGGGCAACAGUACGGAGCAGAAGGGAGAUAAAGCGUUGGUGGAGAGGAAGGGCUCCAGAGAGGAUUACCAGCACCAUCAUCACCACCACCACCACCACCAUCACCACCAGAGCCUGGACCAGGCCGACGCCGACGCCGAGGCCGAGGGGGAGGGCAAUGAGGAGGAGAGGCCUCUUAGGACAGAGUCGUCCAGGAGAGCCCAGCACAUCCACCACCGUUCAUCCUCCACCAGGACUGAGCACCACAACCACCAUCAUCACCACCACCACCACAGCAGUCGAGCCAGGGGCCUCUCACGGCAGGAGACUUUGGACUCUGAGACCCCCGAGAGCCGAGAGAGCAGAGAGAGCAAGGACUCGGCUUAUAUCGAGCCACGCGCUCAGCUCCUCCACCAGGAAGAGGAGGAGGAGGAGGAGGAGGAAGAGGAGGAUGACGAGGAUCUGGGGGAGGGGCACCCCCAGCAGCAACAGCGUUACGAGCCGCUGCCCCACCGGGACCACAACCACCAUCACCACCACCACCACCACCGCAGCGGGGCGGACGAAGCCGGACACAGCACGGGACACCACCGGUCCAAGGAGCGCGAGCAGGACCAUAACGAACGCAACAAGCAGCGCUCUCACCACCACCACCGGCCGGCACGUGACCACCACCACCAUUACUACGACCGGGACAGAGAGAGGGACCGAGAGGGGGAGGUGGCUCCCAAAAAGAGGGGUGAGGCGGGGGAGUGGGCCAGAGACUCGUACAUCCACCAGUGACAGACCAAACCCCCCCUGAAGCUCAUCUGGACUCUGCUCGUACAGACCGUUCUGUUCUCCCAUCGUGCUGCUAUACCCUGAAACCACAGCAUCCUAUUUAUGUACACUUCUUUGUAAAUGCUGUUGCAUCUUUUUCAAUGGCAGGAUUUUGAUUACAUAGAUACAAAUAUAAAUAUAUGUAUGUGUGUAUCUAUGCAUAGACGUUGUUUAUGUGUGGAUAUGCAUGAAUAUUCUCAAAUAUGCAUAUUUUAAACCUGUGUUUGAUAAAGCAUGACACGAAAGCAGAAUUUUUUUCUGUACUGAGCUGUGCUUUCUGUGAUUAGCAUUAUUAUUUUUAUUGUUUCUAUUAUUGAUUUUUAUUGCUUGCUACCACUUGAAUAAUUUGUUCCUUCAGACUACUGUGAGUGUUGACUGCACAGGUUGACCGGCCAACAGCUGUAUUUGCAGAAACGUUUGGCAAUCUGGGAAAUAUUGUUACUCGCUCACUUACACUUAGACUCGGUUGCCAGUUUAUUAGGCACAGAGCUGAAACACAUCCACAACAGUCCUGCAAUAAAUGCUGGCUUCAUGAAAGUUACUAUGCUCAGUUUUAGCUGACGCUGUUUUAAAGAGGUGUUGAUUCAACUUUAUAAAUUCAGAGAAUGUCAUUUGUGAUUCUGUUGAAUCUUAUUGUAUUAAUACUGUGUUUCUAUUGUUUUGUCCACCCUAUUUAUAACAAUGAGGAUAAGAUAAGUAACAGAAGCAGCUUCCAGUAUAAUGUUUCAGCAUCAUCACAAACUGCAGUUUUGAAAACAGGCAGACAGCAGGGAUGUAACUAAUUGCUUUACUGAGUAGUCUAUUGACUAAUUUCUCAAUUAAUUGUUUAGUCUAUGAAAAUAUUAACCUAAAAAUACUCAGUUUACUGUCAAGUAGGAGUAAAGAAACCAGAAUGUAUUCAAAUUUAAGAAGGUGGAAUCGGAAAAUUUCCAUUUUUUUCCCCUAAAAAAGUACACUAAACCAAUUAAUCGAUUAUCAAAAUGUCAUUUUAAUAGUUGACAACUCAUCAGUUAUUUGUUGAAGAUGAAUCAGCACCUCUAGGAAACACUUUAAACAAAAACUGAACAUGAUUUGUUGCAAGACUGCUGUAUUUAAUUGCGUUAGUUUUAGUUAGGUGUGCCUAGUAAAACUGAGAGCAUAUAAGACGACCAGUACCACUCUUAUAUCUGGAAAAUACAAAUGAAGUAAGUAGCCAGCAGCAGCUUAGCUUAGUUAGCACAGAGUGGAAACAGAGGCAUUAGAAAGGAGAGACUGGUCAUUUAAAAAAAUCUUAAGAAAUUUAUAGGAGAAUUCCGUAAUGCUAAAGAUAAUAAUAAAUAAAAUAGCUCUAUUCAUGUAGCAGCUAGUAAGACACAGUUAAAACAUAAAGAAUACACAAUAUAAUUUACACAAGUGAAAUAAUUAAAGCAGUAAAGCCCUAACAGUCAAGUCACUGCCAUCUACAUAGCACUUUGGAAAAAGCAGUUGCUGAGCUAAAGCGCCCUCCUGUAGAGAAGCAAAGUUACUCAGCAAUUAUAAAUAUUAAAUGAUUAUAAAACCCUACACUGUUAUUUAUUAUGUAAUAAGAUGGCACUUGAUGUAGCCAAUCAUCUGCUCUUUAACGGUGGAACAGGGAAACAUUCAACCAAUCAUGUUGUUGCACUAAUGCAGGUGUUGAGAAAAUGUGUGUAUGUGAAGCGGAAGUACAACCUAUGUGGAAAAAUGGUUUGUAAAUCUAAUUUUGAGGCAAAAUCAUUGAACUUUUUCAACACUUUUAAUCAGAACAGUGAUUCUACACAGGCAGUUUUUAUGUUACAGUGACCAUUGAUAUUGCAGUGACAGCUUUCUCUCCUUGUUCAUUUAGACAGGGAUCUGGUUAAGCUGAAAUAAGUGCCAGGGAGUCUUACUAAGAUGGCUGCAGAGUGGUGUGACUUUCCUAUAAGGACCUUGCAGGAGAGAACGGCUCAACUUACUCUGUCUGAAGGUAAAAAUAUACCAACCAGCACCUCUAAAACUCCACUUAUUACCACAUCUUGGUUCUUCAAUCUGUGACAAAAUCUAAAAAAACCCCAAAACUAACAAGUUUUGGUGUCACUGGGGAGUUUAGCUUAUUGUAACUGGCUGCUAGCUGUAGCUUCAUAUUUUACUGACACGUGAGAGUGGUGACAAUCCAACUCGAAGCAACAAAGUGAGCGAGCUUAUUUCCCAAAAUGUCAGACUGCUCCUUUAAUUUUAUGUUCAUCAUUUACUGCUUGGUCCCUUUUCUAUUCUACGUCCGUUUUAAACAUUUGGUUUUGACAUAUUUAUGUCUCCUUCGAGGCGCACCUUAGUCUUGCCUUACAAGACAAACAAGUUCUACAGUAACUUCCUCUCUUACAUGCAGUACUGUUCUUUGUAUGGGUCCAGAAACAUUUUAUAACAUUGGUACACCCUUUAUUCUGCACUUUUACUGAUUCACAUUGGUUUUAAGUGAAAGCGAUUUGAUAUGAUAUUGCCACUUCCUGUAGUUCUACUACCAAAACUCCGUUAUGGUUCAUCUUUUAUUAAGUCUGACCCCUUUUCUAAUGAAUGUUGUUUAAUUCCCACUUUAACUCCCACUUCUUAGUACAAAGAAUGUUCAUUUUAGGAGAAUUUUGUUCAGUAUGUUCUUCACUGAAAAUUAAAAGAUGCAUUUGCAAAACAAA